UGGUUUUCUGUAUUAUAUUAGAACGAAACUUGUCUUAAAUGAGUCAACUAUUGCAUAGAGUUGACUUUUCUCUAUGACGUUUAGAUCGAUCAAGAAACACAUAUCUUUAUCGGCUCUUUUGUGUUCAUUAAUCAUUAGUGAUGAGGGAACUAUGUAUCAUAUGUUACUGUUUUUCCUUGUUUCUCAUCUUAAAUUGCUACUCAACCACUGCCCAGCCGCCCUUCGAUUACCCUACUGCAAAUCUUUCCACCUCAUGGGCCAACACUGAAUCUUUACGCCAUUCUGUUAACUUCACAGAUGGCUCAAGGGUCCGAGCCAUCCUCCUUAGAGGAUCAUUCGGACCCAAAUUCGCCUGUGGUUUCUUCUGCAACGGAACCUGCACCUCUUACCUCUUUGCUGUCUUCAUCGUUCAAACCAACAGCGGAGGUGGUAUCGUUCAACCAGCAAGUGGCUUCCCUCAAGUGGUGUGGUCAGCAAACCGUGACCAUCCGGUUAGCUAUGGUGCAACACUGAACCUCACUGAAACCGGAGAAUUGGCACUGCAGGAUGUUGAUGGAAGCAUCGUUUGGACUACCAACACUGCACGCAAAUCUGUUGCUGGUUUGAACUUAACUGAUGAUGGAAACCUAGUGUUGUUUGAUGCCAAUAGCUCUGUGGUUUGGCAAUCUUUUGAUUACCCAACUGACUGUUUGGUUCAGGGGCAAAGACUUUAUCUAGAACAGUCGUUGAUACCUAGUGCUUCAUCUACCAAUUGGACGGCCCAAACAGGUUUGUUUUCUCUUCAAGUCACGGAUAAAGGUUUGUUUGCUUAUGUUGGAUCAAACCCUCCACAAGCCUAUUACAGUAGGCCGGUCUUUGGCAACGAUACAAAUACAGGAAGAAGAUAUGUUAGGUUCUUGAACGGUAGUUUAUCUUUGUUCAUUCUUUCGGUUGAGCCAAGCGAGCCUGAUGAUGUGAUUCCCAUACCUCGAGCAUCAUCGACCCAGUAUAUGAAACUAAUGCCGGACGGGCAUUUGAAAGUGUUUGAAUGGAAAGAAAGCUGGUUAGUGGUGGCUGAUCUAUUUAACAAUAGUCUUGGAGAGUGUAAUUAUCCUAUGGCUUGUGGGAGAAAUGGCAUUUGCUCGGGUAAUCAACAGUGUAGCUGUCCGAUAUCAAGCUCUCCCAGGAGAGACUAUUUCAGAGCAGUAAAUGAUCUCCAACCAGACAUGGGUUGCAAUGAAAUUACUCUACUCACAUGUAACACCCAAGACCAGACUUUUAUUGCACUUGAUAACAUUAUGUACUUCAACACUAUUACAGACACGGAGAGGGUGGACAUAGAGACUUGCAAAAAAGCAUGUGCCAACAACUGCUUAUGCAAAGCAGCUCUAUUUGAGUAUGGUUCAAACUCUUCAACUGGAGUUUGCUAUUUGCCUUCUGAACUCUUCACAAUGAUGAAUGUUGAUCCAAAUGUGGUGCAUCGUAAUUCUUCAGCUUUCAUAAAAGUGCAGAAUGUAAGGUCACCUCCAUUGGCUUCUAAGUCUCAAGCAAAUUUAGGAGUUAUAUUACCUUCCACUAUUGGAAGUGUUUUGUUUCUGCUUGGGGUUAUAGGUUUACUUACUUACAUAAUCCAUAAGCGAAGACGGCACGCUCAAAGUAAGGAAGAGUCUAUAGGCGAGGUACUAGGAAUGCCGAAUCGGUUUUCCUAUGACGAAUUGAAAACUGCCACAAAUAAUUUCUAUAAAAAGCUUGGUGAAGGAGGAUUCGGAGCAGUUUUCGAAGGGACUCUUGAAGACGGCUCGAAGAUUGCUGUAAAGUGUCUUGAGGGUCUGGGGCAGGUUAACAAAUCAUUCCUAGCCGAGGUUCAAUCCAUUGGUGGCAUUCACCAUGUGAAUCUGGUUAGACUCAGAGGUUAUUGUGCUUGGAAAUCACAACGUUUUCUCGUGUAUGAAUUCAUGAGUAACGGGUCAUUAGAUCGGUGGAUCUACCAUGGAGAUCGAGAGCAAGUACUGGAGUGGGAAUGCAGAAAGAAAAUCAUUCUUGAUGUAGCCAAGGGUCUAGCAUAUCUUCAUGAAGAUUGUAGGCAAAAAAUCAUCCACUUAGAUAUUAAACCUCAAAACAUAUUGCUGGACGGUGAUUUCAAUGCAAAAGUAUCAGAUUUCGGGUUGUCAAAGCUCAUAGACAGAAAUCAAUCCGAAGUGAUGACUACGAUGAGAGGAACCCCGGGAUAUCUGGCUCCAGAAUGGUUGAACUCAGUUAUUACUGAAAAAGUGGAUGUAUAUAGCUUCGGGAUCGUUCUCUUGGAGAUGUUGUGUGGAAGGAAGAAUUUUGACAAAUCUCAGCCUGAAGAAAGCUGGCACUUACUUGGUUUACUUCAAAAAUGUUGCGAACAAGAAAUGUUGUUAGAUAUGGUUGACAAGUACAGUGAAGACAUGCAGACACACAGUUCAGAAGUCGUGGAGAUGAUUAAAGUAGCUUCAUGGUGUUUACAAUAUGAUUAUACGAAAAGGCCUUCAAUGUCAACAGUCGUUAAGGUGUUAGAAGGCGUAAUGAAAGUCGAAUCAAGGUUGGAUUACAACUUCACAGAUCCUAGAAUGCAAAACACAGCAUUAGUUGAACACGAGAAAGAUAUGACACCAUUGAUGGCUUCUGUUCUGUCUGGUCCUAGGUGAGGGUAUCCUUGUCUUUUCAUCUUUUCAGGGGUUAUUGUGUAAAUAAGUUAUAUAGAAGGACUAUUUUGUAAAAUAAAAUGAUAUUUAAUUAAACAAAAAUCACACACCCUCUCUGUCUUCUCUUGCUUCUCUCUCUCUCUCUAAAAAAACCUCUGC